AUUUAAGGCUCAGACGAACAUGCUGCAUUGUCACUGGGUGUGCACCGUGAGUAUCUUUGAUUUGAUAGGCGCUACAAGACGAACGCCAGUUAAUCUAAUUGAACCACCAGGCGCACAACAGGAAAAUAUUAAGGACCUUGAACUUGGAAUCUGAAGAACCCUGCCAUUCACUAGUUCCUGCAACAACAAGCACCAUCAAGGAUGGCUGGAGAAAACCUCUACAAUGUUACGGACGACAUCCCAUCCACUUGGAUCAUCAUUGAAACCGUCGUACAGUGGACAACAUUCACCAUUGGUUUUCCUCUGAUCUGUCUGUCCAUUUAUGCCAUGUACUUCCUGAUCAGAGCUGAUCACAUCGCUCCAGUCUAUGUUAUCAACCUUCUUAUUGCAGAUCUCAUUCAGAUCUGCAUGAGGCCGUUCAACCUGUCUGGUACCUGGAAAACUAUUGUAAUUUUGAUAGAUUUCUUUGGUAUUAGUGCAAGCAUUAGUUUCAUGGUAUGUGUUGCUCUGGAGAGAUAUCUUGUGAUUGCAUUUCCUCUCUGGUACCGUUUUCGCCGUAACAUCAAAUACUCGCUCAUAAUCUCCUCCAUUAUCUGGGUUAUCCCUUUCAUCCAAAUCUGCAUGUUGCACCUCACACCGACUCUCAGGAUUACAUUUAUUCUGUUUGCAGUUAACCUCCUCAUACCCUUUCCAUUGCUCGUAUUCUUCCUCGUGGGCACGUUGAAAGCUCUGUCCGUCUCCAUCUCUGUGCCAGCUGUCGAACAGAGACGGAUUAUUGGUACCCUGGCCCUUGUGCUGGGCAAUUACACAGUCCUGUUCCUACCCCUCAUCAUACAAUAUCUGAUAUCAGGGGUAACAGGCCGAGAAAAUGUAGAGAUUGGGACACUCUUUGAGAGAUUCAGCCCCCUUGUGGAUCCCCUACUCUAUGUGUUCAUGAGAAAGGGAGCUAAGGACACUCUGGCCUUCCCCUGCUUCGGCAAGCUCAUGGGUGACGAGGAGCAGAGUCAGGUCACCAACACUAUGACCAUGACUGAUAGUGUAGUAGAAGGCUCCAGGUAGGACAGAUGCAGGGUAAUGGACUGUCUCUGUAUGAUUCACUAUGUAUAACUCCUAUCAACUCCUUGUUCAAAUUAUCGGAUCGAAACGAAGCUUUAACAGUGUGUUCUUUUCUUUGUUAAAAUUAUACCUUUACGGGCCUCCCGAGUGGCGCAGUGGUCUAAGGCACUGUAUCGCAGUGCUUUCGCCGUCACUACAGACCCGGGUUUGAUUCCAGGCUGUGCCAUAACCGGCCGCGACCGGGAGUCCCAAGUUGCGGCACACAAUUUUCCCAGCAUUAGGGGAGGGUUUGGCCAGGGGGGGGAUUUACUUGGCUCAUCGCGCUCUAGCGACUCCUUGUGGCGGCCCGGGCGCCUGCAGGCUGACUUUGGUUGCCAGUGGACGGUGUUUCCUCCGACACAUUGGUGCAGCUGGCUUCCAGGUUAAGCAUGCGGGUGUUAAGGAGUGCGGUUUGGCUGGUCAUGUUUCGGAGGAUGCAUGACUCAACCUUUGCUGCAACUCCCCAACGGGCUCGGGGGAGGGAAUGAGACAAGAUCGCAAUUGGACGAAAUUGGGGAGGAAAAAAAGGGGUUAAAAAAAUGUAUUGUUUUAUUGUUGUCGUUAAAAUGUGAAGAGUACAUGCCUUGCUUUUUUAUAUACAAUACAUGACAUACUGUAUUGUACACAGCCCUAUUCUGCAUUGCACUGUCUGUGUUGGGUUGUAUUGCAGCUUUUCAGAAAAAUAUGGACUUCUUUCCUUCAAUAAACUGAUCAUGUGGAUAUUUGA